GGGUGUGUGCGCGUCCCCAUUGCCUAGGAGGCAUGUGACUUCUCGCUCUCAGACUGAUCGAGAACGAGCAAACUACGUUCAACGUGUGUGAUGAUUAGUUACUCAGAAAUAGCGGCAGUGCUGAAACUCUUUGUAGCACACCAGCGACGGUCGAGGCAAAGGCACAUGUUUUGACCUUCAACAUACCGGAGGAUUUACCUCUUGAGAGCAAAACAAAUACACAGUCUAGCAUAACUGAUUUUUUUGGGGAGUUACUUGCGGACCAACUAUCAAAACCUUUACAUACAAGAUCUUGGAAUACCAGCAACUCGAUACGUUGUGUCCCAUGAUGGAUACAGGAGUUGUUACUGAAAAGAAAAGCAGGGUGAGCUCGGAGCGCAGGAAGGAGAAGUCCCGGGACGCGGCGCGAUGCCGCAGGGGGAAGGAGUCGGAGGUGUUCUACGAGCUGGCGAACGAGCUGCCCCUCCCUCACAACGUCGUCUCCCACCUGGACAAGGCCUCCAUUAUGAGACUCGCCAUCAGCUUCCUGCGCAUGAGGAAACUGCUCAACAGCAAUAAAGAGUCCUCGUUGGAGUCGGGGUCUGAGUCGGACCUGGACAGCCAGCUGAACGGUUUCUACCUGAAGGCGCUGGAAGGCUUCCUCAUGGUGCUGUCUGAGGACGGAGACAUGGUCUACCUGUCUGAGAACGUCAACAAGUGCAUGGGUCUCUCCCAGCUUGACCUGACCGGGCACAGUGUCUUCGACUUCACGCACCCCUGCGACCACGAGGAGAUUCGUGACAUGCUCAUACACAGAACAGGCCCCUCAAAGAAAGGCAAGGAGCCAAACACAGAGCGCAGCUUCUUCCUGCGCAUGAAGUGCACGCUCACCAGCAGAGGGCGCACUGUCAACGUCAAGUCUUCCACAUGGAAGGUGCUCCACUGCUUGGGGCACAUCCGCAUGUACGACGAGGGGGGGGACAGCGGAGAGAGCGGGUGUGGCCACAAGGAGCCACCCGUCCCGUACCUGGUUCUGAUCUGCGAGCCCAUCCCGCACCCCUCCAACAUCGAGGUCCCGCUGGACAGCAAGACCUUCCUGAGCCGCCACACCAUGGACAUGAAGUUCUCCUACUGCGACGAGAGGAUCACGGAGCUGCUCGGCUACGAGCCGGAGGAGCUGCUGAACCGCUCCGUGUACGAGUAUUACCACGCCCUGGACUCGGACCACCUCACCAAGACGCACCACGACCUGUUUGCGAAGGGCCAGGUCACCACAGGGCAGUAUCGCCUGCUGGCUAAGAAGGGAGGCUUUGUGUGGGUGGAGACCCAGGCCACCGUCAUCUACAACAGCAAGAACUCCCAGCCCCAGUGCGUCGUGUGCGUCAACUACGUGCUCAGCGGCGUGGUGGAGAGUGACCUCGUGCUCUCCCUGAGGCAGACCGCGACCGAGACCGAGACCGAGACCAAGGCUGAGACCGAGGCAGAGGCCGAGACCGAGGCGGAGGCCGAGACCGAUCUGGAGUCGGUCGAGGCCCUCAGCCCCGAAUUCGACAUGCUGAAGCUGUUCACCACGCAGGCGGAGGCCGAGAGGGAGGAGAGCCUGUACGAGAAGUUCAAGGCGCAGCCAGAGGCCCUGACCCUGCUGGCGCCUGCCGCCGGGGACACCAUCAUCUCUCUGGACUUCACCUGCCCAGACUCGGAUGACCAGGUGCUGAAGGAGGUGCCCCUCUACAACGAUGUCAUGCUGCCCGCCUCCAGCGCCAAGCAAGCCCCCGGAGGUCCCCCGCGCCCGCUGAGCGGCGGCCUGGACGCCAAGUCCAACUCUGGCUCCCAGGGGUUCGCCCUCUCCACGGCCCGCCCCGGCCCCUCCUCCACACCCUGCUCCAGCCUGGGAUCGCCCCAGCCUGACGGUUCGAUGGACUACUGCUUCCGUGUCGACUCCGAUCUCUGUGACGAGUUUAAACUGGACCUGGUGGAGAAGGUGUUUGCCAUGGACACUGAAGCCAAGACCCAGUUUUCCUCAGAGGACGUGGGGGAAAUGGACCUGGAGAUGCUGGCCCCCUACAUCUCCAUGGACGACGACUUCCAGCUGCGCUCGCUGUCCCCGGACGAGCCCCUGCCCUGCAGCUCGCAAAUGGUGGCCCCCGCCGCGACCAAGCUGGAGGCCCGCCCCCCCUCUCCCCUGCACCUCCUGCACAGCGUGUGCAGCUCCCCCGUCAUCCCCAUCCCUUUGGAACCGCCCGACAAACCGCUAACCAAGACGGCUCUCGCCCCCCCGGCCACACAGGCCCCCAAACGCAAGAGGAAGCUGUCGGACGCGGUGCUGCCCAAGGCCCUCGGACUGGGUGCAUUGCUCCAGACAGAUCCUGCAGCAGAGGCAGGGAAGAAGCUGAAGGUGCUGGAGACCAGCACAUCAGAGGCGCUCCCUACGCACAAGACCUUCCUGCUGCUGCCCUCUGAUGUGGCGAACAGGCUCUUCGGGUGCGGCCUCCCGCAGCUGACGCGGUACGACUGCGAGGUGAACGCCCCCGUCGCGGGCCGCCAGCACCUGCUGCAGGGGGAGGAGCUCCUGCGGGCGCUGGACCAAGUCAUCUGAGCGCCGCACCUGACGCCGCGGCGGCCCCAACCCCCCCCCCCCCCCCCAAGUCCCCUCUAUUUAUAUUUUCUAUAUCCAGUUCUUCUACAAUCCAGCUACGGUCUCGCACCUUAACUUCAUGUGUCCAUGAGUAUUUCCUAUUGAGCAGCUCUCACCAAAAUGCACGAGGUUAGUGGCGCGCGGGACCCUUCGUGUCCCCUGGACGCCAGGGCUUCUGUUCAUCCUGUUAGUCGCACAAAGAUACUUUCUCACGGAUUACCAGCAGACCACGCAGUACACGAGCAGUUUUUUUAAACGACUUUUAUCGAGAUCAAUUUGUUGUUGUUGUUUUUUUUUGUUUUUUUUCUCUCAUCCUUCUCCGUUACUGUGUAAAAUGCAUCAUGGCUUGAAAGUGUAGGGGCCACUGUGCUUCCAAGUGGCUGGGUUAUUGAGUGAAGAGCAAGUGGUUUUGGUGUGAACGCCAGCACCUGAGCUUUGUGAAGUUCGCUCGACGCGUUUCAAACGCUUCUCAGUUCUCAAGUGUGCGCACGUGUGCGUGUGUGUGCGCACGUGUGUACGUGCGUUUGUGUGUGCACGCAAGGAUCACAGUCACAUGUACAACAUCAGAAUCAAGAUGUAGAAAUGCAAAGGAAAGUUGUCAAAUGUUAAAAAAAACGUGCUUGAAAUGGUUAAUUUCUGUCUAUUGGGUCUUGUUAUUGAAAAUAGUGGCAGAUUUCUAGAUUAAUUGCAAAAUAGUUUUAUAUUUUUACCAGUUGCUUUUUUUUCCCCUUCUUACGAUUGUUAAUCACGCUUGGCUGUGUCAGGACAGUUAAAAUGUUAUGCUUGUUUAGCGUUUUGGAUUGAUCAUGCUGAGCAAUUUUCCAUUUUGCGUCUGAGAAUUUUGUGACUGCACCGAACAAGUGACAUGGUGCUUCUCUCACGCUUCUUUUCUGUGCCGUUCAUUUAUCGAUGCGGACAACGUACUGACGUUGUGAGACUUUCGUUACUUUUCCCGUAGUGAAGUCAUUUUUCUAAUACAGCUGUGUCAUCUCUUGCAAGCUUACCUUUAGUCAUCUCUCUACAGUCUGUUCAUCGAACACUAAGUGUAUCGUUUCAUUACACAAAUAAAAUACAAAUGUGGACCAGG